GGAGAGUCAUGCCACAGAUGCACAGUGACUAUUCAACUCAUCCACAUCCAAGCUGAGGCUGUUCCCACUUUCAGGAGGCUUGGCCAGACUUGCCCUGGGACUGGCCUGUCGCUUCACCUGUAAUAACCCUGCUACCUCCUGACUCCUACUCUGGUCUAGCGGUCUGGUGUGGAGCUCAAGCUCAGUGAGAAUACCUUUCAGUAUUCUCUUCCAGUUGGAUUGAGCCAAACUAAAACCAAACUACUCAGAUUGCAGAUUGUAUAUGAUUCACUGUCCUCUUCCCACUAUUCUACAUUUUUGAUAUGACACAGACUUGCCCUUGUACACUUUGAAGUAGGUAUUGGGAAGAUCAGAGAGAUCGACCUCAGAGCUAUGCCUAUGAUCAUGAUCCUCAGUAACCAAAUACGACUCUGACAGGUCAGACUGUCAGAGUCAACUCCACACUCCAUCAAAGAUCUUUUGUGGUCUCCAACUGUAUUUUAACUUGUGGCUUAACAUCAAGCACCAUCUCAAAAUGGAUUAUGAUUUCUGUGUUAAAUAGCAUUCCUCUGCAUACACAAUGUGUGUCUCGCUCAGUGUUUAAAACAAGAACAUAGCUUACUAUUCUUGAUUCAUCUUAAUUGCUCAUUAGAUUGAGACAUCAUCAGUCAAAUUAUAAUUUGACAUGACAGUCUUAAUGUGAUCCUUAUAUUAUUUAUUUUAAUUUCUCAGGAAAGUGCUCUGAUGUCCUUGUCUUCUCUCAGCAAACAUAACUGUCUGCAGUCUGUUUAUCAGUCUACUGUUACAGUACAGGGCAGCACAGUGUAUCAAUACUGUAUAGAGAACAGAUGGUUCCUAUAGCAGACAACAUGAACAUGACCCCAGAGCCUCCGACACAGAACUGCUCCAACUGCAGCCAGGCGUUUGUCCCAGAGCUCAAUGUGAUCAAGGCUGUGGCGCUGGGACUGAUACUUGGGACCUUCAUCAUAUUUGGGGUUUUUGGGAACAUCCUGGUUAUCUUGUCGGUGGUCUGUCAUCGACACCUACGCACAGUCACACACUACUUCAUUGUCAACUUAGCGGUGGCAGACCUCCUGCUGAGCUCCAUCGUGCUGCCCUUCUCUGCCACCUUUGAGAUCUUAGGGUACUGGGUGUUCGGACGGCCAUUCUGCAACGUGUGGGCAGCGGUGGAUGUGCUGUGCUGCACAGCCUCCAUCAUGAGCCUAUGUGUGAUCUCAGUGGACCGCUACAUCGGGGUCAGCUACCCGCUGCGCUACCCAGCCAUCGUGACAGAGCGCAGGGCACUGCUAGCUCUGGUGGGCCUGUGGGCUCUGUCUGUCACAAUCUCCAUCGGCCCUCUGUUUGGCUGGAAGGAGCCGGCGCCUGAGGAUGAGUCUAUCUGUAAGAUCACAGAGGAGCCUGCCUAUGCCAUCUUCUCUGCUGUGGGCUCCUUCUACCUCCCGCUGGCCAUCAUACUGUCUAUGUACUGCAGGGUGUAUGUGGUGGCCCGCCAGGAGAGCCGGGGCCUGAGGGAGGGGCACAAAACAGACAAGUCAGACUCAGAGAGCAUCACGCUGAGGAUCCACCGCGGCAACACGGCUGUGUCUGAGGACGAGGCCCUGCGCAGCCACACACACUUCGCCCUGCGCCUCCUCAAGUUCUCCAGAGAAAAGAAGGCCGCCAAGACCCUGGGCAUUGUGGUUGGCUGCUUCGUGCUCUGCUGGCUGCCUUUCUUCCUGGUUCUGCCCAUAGGUUCCAUAUUCCCGGCAUACAGACCUUCGGACACAGUUUUCAAGAUCACCUUCUGGCUGGGCUACUUCAACAGCUGCAUCAACCCUAUCAUCUACCCCUGUUCCAACCAGGAGUUUAAGAAGGCCUUCCAGAGUAUUCUGGGAGUACGCUGUCUGAGAGCCCAGCCAAGAGCCACUCAUCACCUAGGUCCAGGCCUCAGUCAAGCCCAGGUUCAGGGUCAUUCUCUCACUCUGAGAGUAGAUGGCAGAGGUGACCCCUCCUGUCUUAGCCCCUCCUCCUCCAUAGCCCUGUCCCGCACACCCUCCUCUAGGGAUGACAGAGAGUGGAAGAUAGAGACAGGACAGGCUAAGGUGGCCCAACUGUGCAGUAGGAGUCUGCUGAAGACCUGCUGCUGCAUCAGAGAUGGGAGCCUCAACCAGGGGCCCAGCCAUCCCCAGCCCCCUCCACACGGGGCCCUGCCCACCAUUAAGAUCCACCAGCUGUCUUUCUGUGAAAAUGGAGAGGCCGUAUAACCAGAGAUAAUGAUGGAGUAAAUCAUUUUGAAUGUCUCUGGUAUGAAUACUGUAGUUCUUCUUCUCUUAAACAAAGCAUGGUCUACCCUCAAGGUCCAGUGCUAUUAAAGGAAACUAAAGUGAAUAGUGAAUACAUUUCUAAGCCCAGUGGAGUUUACAACGAUGGAACAUUAAUAAUAGCUGGUGGAGAUGGUCGAUGAAAUUCUGAAAUAUUUGGAAUACUCUGACUGCAGAUACACAAUGGCAGUGUUUAAAUUCAUGACUGUUUGUUUUUACACACUAAACCAAGGUUUUACCUCGAGAUGAUGACACUCUUUAAAGGUCCAAUGCAGCAGUUAUUAUCUACAUAUCAACUAAUUUCUGGGUAACAAUUAAGUACCUUGCUGUGAUUGUUUUAAAUUAGAAUGAUCAAAAAGUAACAUUACAUUUACAUUUGAGUCAUUUAGCAGAUGUUCUUAAUCAGAGCGUCUUACACUAGUGAGAAACAAAAAUAGCUUCUUGGCGAAGAGCAAUUUCUCAAGCAAGAAUUUUGCUAAGGCUGUCUGGUAGUGGUCUGAGUGGGAAGGGGAAAAUGGAAAAUUAGCUGUUAUUGGAACUCUGUUUCUUAUUGGUCUAUUAACUAAUUUACCACCUGGUGAUGCCACCAGGCUGGCCACAACUCUAUCCAGCUCUUAAAAGGGCAUCAUCAUAAUUUUCACAAUCCACAGUAUUAUUCCAACCUCAUAGUGUGGAAAUAUAUAUAAAACACAGUAAAAUCACAUUGUUGACUGUACUGGGCCUUUAAGACAAGUGCACAUUCUCUCAGGUGGUCUUUGCCACUCUUCACACUUUACCAUCCAUUUGAUUUGAAUAGUAAAGAAACGUCCAAAUUACUAUUCCAAUCUAAUGCCAAAAGUGAUAGUUCCCCGAGAGCAAAAUAUACCCCCCCCCCCCGUUUAAAUAUACAUGUUAGAAAACUUUUCCAUGGGGAUCUUACUGGGAUCUACACUUUAGCUAUAUCAAUAUAUGUAUUAUUUAUUCCAGAUAUUCCUGAUAAGAUAUUGGGGUUUGUGAAGUUAUUUCUUAAGAAGGACCAAAUUGUGUGUUCCUUGUGUAAUGUUUACAAGUUGUAUACUUACAAAGAAUAUUACCAAUGCAUUCUAGGUCAAGUCUGUACAUAUGUAAUUGGUGGUAACCUCACAAAUUGUUCAAAAUUGUAAUCUUUCUCCCAGUGUCUUACCCUUUACCAAGCUCUUGUCCCGUUGUGAGAAUAGUGUGUGACUGUGUGAUACUGUGACAUCACUCCCAGUCUCCCUGGGGAGUCAGAGGGCAGGCACAAUGCCCAUCACAAAUGAAUCACACCAUACUGUCCACAGCAGGCUGGAACCCAAGAGGAUACUGUCCUUCCAUGUCACGUAUUCCAAUAAAAAGAGUAUGAGAUAUUCUCAGUUUGGGAGUUGCAACAUUACUUUGAGAAUCCUUUUUUUGGGAUUUCAUGGACACACAUGUUUCAUAAACACGCAUGAACAGUAUUGCUUUGUACUCUAACAUUCCCACGAUACCACUUUCCAAUCUCCACUGCCAGACAGAAGAUUAACUUCCUCCUUUGGAAUUCUGAGGGAUCAUUUCAUGGGUUUUGACCUCAUAACUGCUCCCAAGCCUCUAAAUCCACCAUAAACCAGUGAGAAAUUUGCCUUCAUACUGUAGCUCAGGCUUUCCAGUAUCGGAACCAUUUGCAAAUUGCAUCCAUACAGUGGAGGCUCCUCAGAGGAGGAAGGGGAGGACCAUCCUCAGUGAAUUUCAUAAAAAAUUGUGAAAUUAAAAAGGUUAUCCUUUUUAGAUUAAACUAUACUAAAUAUAUUCAUGUCACCAAAUAAUUGUAUAAAACACUGUUUUGCAAUGAAGGUCUACAGUAGCCUCAACAGUACUCUGUAGGGUAGCACCAUGGUGUAGCCGGAGGACAGCUAGUUUACGUCCUCCUCAGGGUACAUUGACUUCAAUACAAAACCUAGGAGGAUCAUGGUUCUCACCCCCUUCCAUAGACUUACACAGUAAUUAUGACAACUUCUGGAGGAUUUCCUCCAACCUAUCAGAGUUCUUGCAGCAGGAACUGACAUGUUGUCCACCCAAUCUGUAUCAAAACAUUCUACAGGAGAACGUCAUCCAUCUGUGAACUGAAGCUAAAGCGCAGCUGGGUCAUGCAGCAAGACUGAUCCAAAACACACAAUCAUGAAAAUGGCUAAAAAGCAGCAAAUUUGAAGUUUUGGAAUGGCCUAAUCAAAGUCCAGACCUAAUCCCAAUUGAGAUGUUGUGUCAGUUCAUGCUGGAAAACCCACAAAUAUUGCUGAGUUACCGCAGUUCUGUAUGGAAGGAUAGGACAACAUUCCUCCACAGCGACAUGAGAGACUGAUCAACAACUACAGGAAGCAUUUGGUUGGAGUCAUUGCAGCAAAAGGUGGCACAACCAGUUAUUGAGUGUAAGGGGGCAAUAACUUUUUCACAUAGGGGUAUUGGGUGUUGCAUAACUUUGUUUAUGAAAUAAAGGAAAUAAGUAUG